AAUUUAAUAGAAGUGGCCCUUCUCUCUUAAAUAAUCUCUGUGAUGGGUCACCUUUCAGCGGGCGCAUUGAAUGAACACACAGCUCGCGGUGACGUAUUGCACAGCUGAUCUGGCAACAACUGGCAGUUCACCGAAAGGGCCCGAUGGUUUCUGCGCCGAAGAUAUAAUUAAACGCAUCUACCUUUAACAGUGCAAAGAUAAGGUGCUAAGAUGAAACAAACAUGAUCAGCACCAAUGGCCCCUCCAUCAAGUGUGAGGAGACCCGGGACACCGGCAGGAAGAGGAGGCGACCGCCAGAAAUGCUGCAUCUCAUGUUUGCUGUCUCUGUGUGGCUGGUGACGGGUACCACCAUAUCCAGUUUGAACAAAUUGAUAUUUGCUGUGUACAAUUUCAGAUUUCCGCUGCUUCUGUCAGCCCUUCACAUGCUGACAGCAAUAGUGGUGGACUACGGACUGAUCAAAUGCAGGGUUAUACAGCUCAAAGGGAUCGGUGAGCAGGAUUUGACCAACAGCGCUAAAUGCAAAGUAUUCUUGUUGAGUUUGACAUUCUGUGCCAGUAUAGCGUUUGGAAACAUGGGACUCAAUUACGUCCAGCUUUCAUUCGCACAGAUGAUUUACACCACAACGCCGUUAUUUACAAUGGCCAUUUCCGCGCUGAUUCUCGGAAAGCAGCAUCACAUCCUGAAGUACACCGCGAUGAUACCCAUCUGCCUCGGGGCAUCAUUCAGCAUUAUGGGCGAGGUCCAGUACGACCAGAUGGGCUGCCUGUUUGUGUUCGCCGCCACGAUGUUACGGGGUGUAAAAACUAUUCAACAAAGCAUCUUGCUUCAGGAAGAGAAGAUCAAUUCUGUCUUCCUUCUGUACCUGAUGUCCAUCCCCAGUUUCUGCAUCCUGGCCAUAGCUGCACUGGCUCUGGAGAACUGGGCGGCACUCCAGUCUCCUUUCCAGUAUGACCACCACCUCUGGGGUUUCAUCCUGCUCAGUUGCCUGGGCUCAGUGCUUUACAACCUGGCCAGCUGCUGUGUCAUCACCCUCACCUCCGCUGUCACACUGCACAUCCUGGGCAACCUCAAUGUGGUGGGAAACCUUCUGCUCUCCCAGUUGCUGUUUGGGAGCGAACUAACGGCUCUCAGCUGUGCUGGAGCUGCCCUAACCCUCUCUGGCAUGAUCAUCUACCAGAACUCGGAGUACAUUGUUGCUUACCUCGAUGCACGUAGAGCCCAGGCGCCAACCGAAGCCAGUAAAUGGGGAGAGGAAGUGGUAUGUGCCAAGGAAACUGACUCAAGCAUAUCAACGGCAACUUCAGAAUCAACUCCAGAACCUGUUUCAGAACCAGUUCUGGAGACUUGUUCAGAACCUUCUCUAGAAUUAUCUGCAGAACCAGCUCAAGAACCUAUUAGGAGGACAGAGAAUCAGACUCAUGAGAAAACAGACUGAAGAUUCUCAAAAGAGAUGAAGUUUGGGAAUAUGUUCCAAAACCUAGUGAGCUGCCUUGCUGUCAACAGCCUGCAUAGGUAGCUUCCUUCUAAGGCAGCAUUAUAACUGAAAUGGAACCUCAUAAGGAACCGUUUUUGAGUUCUAUAUAGCAGCAACUCUGUGCGUCAUGCAAAUAGCACUCCUUACAGUAAGUGCACAGGAGACUCGAUGCAUAAUCGAUUUCUAUAGAGUGUGCCAUUAGCAUGUUGCUAAGCUAACAACACAAUAUGCUCAUAAGCAUAAUAAAACAUAGCACGCAUAAAUAUUGGGUAAAAAAGGCCAUUUUUUAAAUAGAUUUGAAGUGUUUUUUUUACCACUACUCAUACUAAAUUAAAAGUAUAUUUGUAUUCAACAUGUCUCUCGAUUUUCAGUAGAGUUUAGCAUUAGCAUGUUGCUAAGCUAACAAUGCAUUUUUAAGAUGUCGAUUAGUGGUCCACUGAUGAGUUUUUAAAAGUCAAGUACUUAAAUUUAGCGAUCAGAUUAGUCAAUGGUUGAUUUAUAAGAUGUCCACAAAAUUAGCUGGAAACAUAUUUUACACAAUAUUUACUCAAAAUUCACACAGUAAUAUUUGAAACCAGAAAAUUAGCAUUAUUAUGGAAAUAAUAAUCUGACACAUUAAGAAAAAGUGCUUUGGUAAAUCAUGAUUAUGAGAUACUAAAUCAUAUUUAUGAGAUAAAAAUUCAUAAUUAUUAGAUUCAAAAUAAGUAUUUUGAGUUAAAAAUGCUGAAUAUGAAUAUACUUUUAAUUUAUGCAGUAUUUAAAGUAUUGCUAUUUAGGAAUGAGUAUUGGUAAAAAUACUUAAACUCUAUUUAAAAAUGGCGUAUUUUACCCAAUAUUUCUGUGUGCAAUGUAUUUUUAUGUUUAUUAGAAUAUUGUGCUGUUAGCUUAGCAACAUACUAACACCAAACUCUACUGAAAUAGUCGAGUCUCAUCUCCUGUGCACUUAACCUGGGAGCGCUAUUUGUAAUACACACAGACUUGCUGCCUAUAUACUGUAGAUCGCUACAAAUCUCGCAAAAUAUACUCCAGCCUUUACAAUGUAGACAAAAAAAAAGUUGUCUUAAAAGGCAGCAUAAUCAUGCAUUUGCAACAUAAGCAUGCCUAGGAUGUCCUAAAAUGCUGACUACAUAGGAAGCUCACUAUUUUUUGGAACAGAGCAUAGAUAUUGCACAGGAAGGCUGAGCAGCAAGACCUUUGAGGAAGCCUCUUUUGAUUUUGAGAAGUCUAGCUGGUUAAUAUAAAGACGAUGAUGGAAUUGAAGGUUUAGUUUUCUCAGUACCUCCUCACUGUGCCAAUGUUUUUAAUUUCAGUCAUACCUAAUAUGGAGAGCCACCAAUACACAGAGCUAUGAAAAUGACUGAUGCCUUUUUUUUUUUUUUUUUUUUUUUUUUUAACGAACGUGACAGUUUGUUUGUGUUUUAUUACCUCUGUUUUGCCUACACAUACUUUUAGCGCAUAAAGAAAUCCUGCAUGAGCACGGGAAAGAUCUCCAGUAUCCUGCCAUAUUCACACUGAUUGUGUCUAUCUAAAUUAUGCACUGUGAAAAACAACUGCGCAAAUUGCUCUGGCUCGCUUAAAACGGUCAGCAUAGCUGUUACUGGACUUGCACUUUUUAAAUACUAGAGAUGGGCACAAAUGUAAAAAAUACAUAGGAAUAAUGUAUUUCUAGGUACUGUUACUCAGCCGCCCAGAUCUGAUGUUAUGGGAGGGCAUUUUUAAGGCAGCUUUCUGUAGGAUGCCAUGUUUGUUUGAACAAGGGCCCUGUGUUUGUUACGGCACUACCACUUUUUUUUGUCUAGGUUACGUUUACAUAAUGGAGACGAGCAAGACCAGUCGAUCCUCAAAUCAGUGCUGUUGUCUGGCUUUAAUACAAAUGUGUCUCUCUUCUCAGAAAUUAGGUUUUCUACCUCUUUGUGUUGUAGUUGAGGUAUAAAUGAUCUAUUAAAGAUAUUCCUAAACAGAUGAGUUUCACUAAGAAAGUGUCUGGGCUAUGUUUCACCCCAAAUAAAAAAUGUCUUAUUCUCAUUUAUGUUAUUAAUGACCUGGACCCAGACAUGUUCUUGACGGGGUUCAUGAGAUUGGCUGUUUUUGAAGGAAUAUUAUGAAUGUAACCAUGUCCCACCAGAGGCAGGCGGGUUAAAACUGGUGUCUCUUAGAUAAUUCCCAGUUCAGAUACUUAUAAAUAGGUCUCUUUAAUGCGUCUCCUAAAUUUUUAGCACACUAUAAUUUCAUGGGAGAAAUCAGAAUGAUAUCCUCACUGGCAUUGUCCUCUUUAAAGAUCUCACUAAAAAGUCUCCUUGGUCUCACUUGUCUCCUGCAAGUGGGUGCUCAUCCUUUUUCAUUGGUUUCUGUAUUGUUUGUUUUGUUUUCAUUUGACACCUGCUGGACAGUAUUAUUUUCCCUCUAUUUUGAAUUGUGUAUUUUUAUGCUGUUGUAGGAAACUGACACCAACAGAGGUUAUAGACCAAGGUACAAAGGAAGGCAUUCCCUCAAAGAGGUUUUGUUGCCAUCUGCUGCAUAGAAUGCGAAUAUGCAUUUAUUCGUUUUGAUUUAUUUCGUUUUUUUCACGUUGAGGUGCAUUGGAUAAAAACAUAUCGGGCAUUUUCCUGUUUCCCAACUUAAUAGGUAUUUAUUAGCAGGGUUUAUAUUUUGGAUACAUGUUCUCAUUAUGAUGACUUUUAUGUAUAAGUUGGUAUUUUCCAUCCAUUUAUGGGUACUUUAAAAUAGCUAACUUGAAUUGGGUUUGUAGCGGGAUGUAAUCCAGCGCCAGUGUGGAUGUGAAUGUAUCAUACCAGGCAACAAAAGUGUUAGCACUCUUAUGGAGCCUACACUAAACUCAAGUGUGCCUACCUGAGGGGCUCUGUUUUAAUAAACACCAGCCUUUCACUCUUUAUUUAUUAGAAGGUCUCAACUGUCCAUUCACGCUUUAGUGUUUUCACACAUCACAACAUUUCCAGUGAACACCAUAAUGGGUAAAGCAUUAUACAAGAUGUCGAUUAGUAGUCUAGAGAUCAGAGUAGUCAAUGAGCGAUAAAUAAGACAUCCACAACAUUUGCUGACACUUAUUUCACACAAAAUUCACUCCGUAAUAUUUACAGUAGAAACAAAAAAUGUGCAUUAUCCAUUGACAAGGUUGGAAGAUUUCAGAAAUGACAAGGUGGGGCUUGCACAUCUAUAGUUAUCAUCCAAUUAGUCUGCCUUGGUGACAUAAUCACUAAUCAUGAUAGAGCAUAUUUACAUCACAAGCACAGCGGUUAUCUGACCAUAUGUUACAAACGGAAUGAACGCAACAAUUACAGUCUAUAAUACUUCUUACACGUAACUUUCAAAGAUGAGGAGAUGGUUUUUCAGUGAAAUACCUCAGAUGAUCUUGCUUAAUCCUGUGAUGAAGUUUGAUAACUUUAUAUAUAUAUAUAUAUUAUUAUUUUUUUUUUUCGUGUGUGUGUGUUGUUUGGUUUAAAUUCUGAGAUCUGUUAACUUAGAGAAACAUUUAAUGGUUCUGACGCUUUUGAUGUGUCAUGGGUUGCAGCGUAAAGUUGCUGACGAUUUGCAUAAUUGUAAAGCUCUUGUGUAUAUAUGGUUUCUGAUGUCAGAAAAAUAUCUGAUGUAAAUGCUUAUUUUAUUAUAUUUAUGUAUUUUACAAUCAUGGAAAGCUGGGCAAA